CACCAUCAGGGAUGUUGGAGACGGGAGUAGCACGUCCAGCACUGGUAGUGCUGGUAGCCCCGACCACCACAAUCACAACCACAUACACAAGCCCACCUCAGAGAACAGUAAGAUAGGCCCCACCAUGAGGAGGUCCAUGGAUGACCUGUCAGCACCGCACCAUCACAGGAGCAUCCCCAAUGGACUUAAUGGUUCAUGGCCACCCGACUCACAGCGGUGGGGUCCAUUAUGUCCCUGAGGCUUUGGAGCAGCAGAACCAGGUCCAGAGUCUCCUGCCUGAGCCCCACAGCCACCAGAGGAGGUGGUCCCACCCCCAGCACCGCUCAGUUGGUGUUCUUCCACAGCCUGAGCCUGAGGAGGAGACCAAACCCUUCAUCCUUCUCAAGAACUUUCCAGACCUGGCCAAUGCUGACAUCAACUCGCAGAACCCCAACAUACAGGUAACCAUUGAGGUGGUGGACGACCCCCAGAUGGAGGUAGAGAUGGACCUGGCCAAGGAAAAAGUGCCAUCUUCCACAGUAGAUUGGCUCGGAGGCAAGAAGCUUUUCUGGCCCCUUUUCUGGAGUUACACAGACACCGAUUCCAGCGAGGACUGCAACAGCUGGUCAGGCGUGGAGGAAACUGGCGAGGAGGAGGAAGAUUACUCCCUGGAUUAUGAUUGGAAUGAAGGCUGGGAUCCAGUGCAGAGCUACUAUGAGAAGGAGACAGAUGAGUGGACACCCUGGUCUCCCUGUUCAGUGACAUGUGGACACGGUGAGAGGAAGAGGACCAAGUCCUGUGGCUACUCCUGCACUCUGACAGAAGCCUCUAAGUGUGACCUGGAGCCUUGUCCGGGUGAUGUCAACACUGUUGUAGAGCCUUUCCCUUUCGAGAUGGAGAAUGGCACAGAGCCAUUUGGGACAGAUUUGGACAGCUGUGAGAAGUGGCUCAACUGUAAGAGUGAGUUCCUCCAGAGGUACCUCCACCAGGUCUUGUCUGAGCUGCCCAGCUGCCCCUGCUCCUACCCCUCUGAAGUAGCGUACACUGUGGUCAGUGUCUACGAUGACACUCAUGGCCGGCAGUUCCGCUGGCGUGAUGCCAGCGGCCCCAAGGAGCGCCUGGAUAUCUACAAGCCAUCAGCGCGUAGCUGCAUCCGCUCAGCACUUUCCGGCGACUCAUCUACUCUCGCAGCACAGCACUGUUGUUACGACGAUCGUGGGCGGCUGAUCACGAGGGGGAAAGGCGCAGGCACGCCUAACCUGAUCAGUACUGAGUUCUCACCUGAGCUGCACUUCAAAGUAGAUGUGCUGCCUUGGAUCCUGUGCAAGGGAGACUGGAGCCGCUUCCAUGCGGUGCGGCCACCCAAUAAUGGAUUGAGCUGCCCAGAAAACCCCCAUGAAGACGUGUUCAUGAAUGAACUGGAAGAGGCCAGGGAGUACUGAGGGACCACAGCCAAAACUACCACUUCACUCAGAGAGUCAGAGGGCCCAAUCCUAAUUUGAGAGGAGACUGCUUUGAGAGGGGUCAUGAAAUAUUACAUCUAAACCAUGCAUCAUGCGUUAACCAUGCAGUGACUGAGAGGAAAUGCACAUUUGUGAUUGGGAGAUUUGUGGGGUUUAGGGAUGAUGGUGAAGUGUGGCUGUCUCAAGUUAGGAUUUGGCACAGUGUCCUGAUAUCAGGCUUGACUGAACUGAAUUGCAAGAAUGGAAAAAAAAAUGCAGUGUUCUCCCAUCGCUUGCCAACCUGUUCCACAUCUGGCAUGACAUCAAGCUCUCUCUCUCUUUAUAUUCAGUACACUCUCCUGGGUGCGUGUAAGCAUGAUGUCUACCUACUGGCUUUUCUGAUGGUGUCCUGGAGCGCUUGUGAUUGACAAUAGCAACAUAUGGUAAACAUCCUGAUCAUGCUUCUUGUAGGUUUUACAUUAGGAAAUGUAUGAAUGUGCAACAGGACAUCAGAAGACCCAAAAGAUGCCACAUGCAUUCACAGUAAUGUAUAUUUCAGCCAAUCUUUUGGGACACUAAAACUGGUAAAGAAUUUGGGAUAUCCUUAUCCUGGCUAACAUAGAAUGCAAGGAAAGGCAACAUGGAAGUAGUAGCCAUUAGCAAAUAUUUUAGCCUUUCAUCAUUAGGUAUAGUGCACAGGAUUGAAAAGACUGAUGUUUAACCAUAAUCAUUAUCGUUUUUAGCAUUGUAGCAGCUGUGUUAAAAUUCUGCACCUCCGUCAAAAAACUGUGGCAGUAAUCUUAAUUUUACUUAGAAAUACCUUAAAACUCAAGCCCUUUCUAUCCAGUCUAAUUCUAUGGAUGUUCGCUCCAAACCUUUUUUCAGGAAUUCUGCUUCCAGAUGUUUUAAUGUGAACACGCAUUUACAUUUUGGAAUCACCGAUUUUAAAGGAAGGCACUUUAUUUAAGGUAUAUAUAUAUAUAUAUAUAUACAAAAGAUAUAUCAAAAUGUACUCAUGUUUGCCAUUUGUUGAUGAUAGUGUUAUUGUGACAGGAAACUCGCCAGAAAUGCUGCAUUGUUCUAUGAAAGUGCAUAUAUCAAGUGUUCUGUUGAGGAAAGCAUGAUCUUUUUGUGAUUUCUGAAUCUAGUAUUACAUAUAUGGUGUUGUACAGUAUUUAUUUGUCUGUUCUCUUUUUUUAAGUUUGCUGAAGCUUUGAAAUGUCUCUAUACUCAACAUGGUGCACUAAUCGGACUGAGAAAUGAAGGCACCCAUUAUCAAAAGGGAAACCACUUUCUUCAUAUCACUUCAUACAGUAACAUCAAGUGUCUGUGUUUCAUUCUACUUUGUACUGCAGUGCUCUAUGAAUAUGUUGUUGCAAUUAUGCUGAAGAAAUAUAUAAAGACCUUGCAUUCAU